AUGUCUCAAUUUUCAAAGAUAUCUAACCUUCAUGAUGGAACUGAUAGGUGGAGAAUUUGUGGAAGAGUGGUAAGGAAGUGGAAUGUGUUUCAUAAAAUUGCUCCUUCAGAUCUAUUUUGUAUCACUAUGAUAUUAGUUGAUGAAGAGGGUAAUAAAAUCCAAGCUUCUAUGCUGAACAAAUCUUUGCUUGACCAUUAUCGUCAAAGACUUGUAGAAGGGCAAAGUUAUUUCAUUGCAAACUUUGAGGUCUCACUUAACAAUAACCAAUACAAGGCUACCACUCAUCCUUUCAAGAUUACGUUUUCUCAACAGACUUUUGUCAAGGAUGAAGUUGCAAACAUACCUCCCUAUAAGUUUGAUUUUCUGCCUCUAUCAGAGAUUAUGAAGCAAACUGAAAGCUCUUAUAUUGAUUAUCUUUUUGAUGCUGUUGGAUUGGUCACCUCCAUUGGUGGGCUUGAAGAAUACCGCAAAGAUAAUGAGACUAAAAACAAGCUGAGGAUGGUUUUGUCUGACAAUGAGGGGCAUGAUGUCGAGUGUAUCUUAUUUGAUGAGUGUUCAACCAAUGCAUUUAUGAAUCACUUGGAGAUAACUGAUCAUCCUGCUGUUGCUGUUUUUAACCUUGCACGGAUAGGUUUUUCUGAAGAUGGCCGACCUCAGAUUUGUAGCUCCUUUAAUGCUACAAGAGUUUCAUUUAAUCCUAGCAUUAAAGAGGUCAAAGAUUUGAUUCUCAGUGCCAAGGAUAGAUCACCAGUAAUUGGUAGCUCGUCUCAGUUUUCUCAAUCUCAAUCCACAACUCCUACUGUCACUAGCAUGAUGAACAACAACAGGAGGAUUUCUAUUGCUGAGAUACAUGAUCAAGAGGCUGAAGGUUCUUUCUUGAUAUUUUGCACUGUUGUUAAGCUAGAAACCCGUCAUGGUUGGACAUAUGAUGGUUGUGCAAAGUGUGCUACAAAACCAAAAGAAGUUAAUGAGUCCCUGUAUUGUCCAAAUUGUAAAAAGAAGCCCCAAUCUAUUGAACCAAAAUUGAAGAUUCACUACACUGUGGCUGAUAAGUCAAGAAAGGCCUCUGUGAUAUUUUGGGACAAGUUGGCUGUUCAGUUGAUUCAAAGAUCUGCAGCUGAGAUGAAGCUAAUUCUUAAUCAGGAAGAACGUGCAUAUGAUUUUCCAGAUCAACUUGACUCUAUAAUUGGGAAGAAGUUGCUGUUAAAACUGAAGAUUAAUCAGUACAAUAAAGACUUCCCUAAUUCUUCAAUCAGUGUUACUCAAUACACUGAGUGUGAGGAUCUGACAGGACAGUUUAAUGAUGCUAGCCAAGAGGUUAAUGGUCAGGGUGCUACUGGCAUCACACAGUCUGGAAUGGAGGAUAUUGACUGUACUGUGGUUGAGACUCCUGCACCAGAAAAAAUUAUUGCCUCUCAAGUUGUGGGACUUGAUGACUUGACAAUAACACAGAUUGCUUCUAAACUACCCAUUAAAGGCAAAAGGAAGAUUGCAUGCAAAAGAAUCAGUAUACCACAGAAGGAGGUAAAAUCAAAUGAAGUGCUUCCCUCAUCAUCAUCAUCAUCUGUGCAGAAGCCAAUGAAAGUUAUUAAGCAAGAGAAGAGUUGA